UAAAACUAACUUGUUUUCCGUAGAAGAAAACACAAAAAUGUUUCAAAAUGGCAAGUUAUUCUCCCGUUGGCAAAUCUUCUAUUUAUGCAGAUAUAUACCAAACAUGUUUUUUGGGUCGUGGCAGGCAGGGUGAUUUGAUCCCGACGCUUAUCCUUGUACCCAGAUCCAACGGAGGAGGAGGGCCGGAGCGACCCCAACGGCUAUCUCUUCGUCUUCUUCCUCGUGCGUGCUCCCCCCCACUGCCCCCAGCCCUCCAACUCCAACAGAUCAGCAUCGGCGGUCAAAACCCUAACCUCUCCCGGUCAAACCUCUCUCGGGCAGCCUGGGAUCCCCGAUUCGAGCCCCCAAUUUGCGUUCUCGCUACUCUAGGCACCCAAUCCCACCCGGAUGGGCAAUGGCGUCGGCGACGGCGAUGCUGCGUCGGGGAGGAGGUGCCCCAAGCACCCGUCGCAGCCGUCCUUCACUGGCUUCUGCUCCGCCUGCCUCCUCGACCGGCUCCACGCUACCAAUCUGAUUGGUGUGGCCUCCCCAUCCCAGCCUCCUCCUUCCCUUCCCCUCCACCAGGACGACCUGGAGGAGCCGCCGCCUCCUUGCUCCACAGAGGCAGCGGGGAGGAGGACAGGGCGGGCGGAGCGGACCACGCUCCUUCGCCUCUUCCAGCUAGAGGACCAAGGAGAGGAGCGGGCGGAGGACACCAACGCCGCGCCGUCCACCAGUGGCGGCGAUGGCCAAGAUCCGCCGCCUCACCUGCAGCGCAAGCGAUCCCUUCGUCACUCCUGCAGCGAAUGGAUCGCCUGCUGCGACGCCAACCACUCCUCCUGCAUUCCCUCCCGCCAGUCGCUUGAUGCCUCCUCCACCACCUCCGCGGCGGCAGCAGCAGCAGCGGCUCCUGCUGCUGGUGUGGCGCCUGCUGCUAAUCCCUACCCCAACGACGCCGCUGCUACUUCUGUCGCCAUGGUCGAGAGGAGGACGGGGAGCCUCAGGUGGAACCAAUUGUGGGCAAUCAAGGGCCUCCUCGCCAACCCUGCCGGGCAUCUGCUCAGCAGGUCCUUCUCCGAGUCCUCCAGAUCAAGGUAUGCCCUCCAACCCGGCAGUGGCACCAUCGCAAGGUCGUCCUCGUCGCAGUCCCAAGGUAUUCGCCUCAACGGCAGCCGCUCCGUGUCUUCAGCUGGGAAUGGCAUGGACUCCUCUGAGAUAUCACUCCCCGGUGAUUCUGUUGGACAUGCUCAUGUCCACCGUUGCCGGCCUCGGCUCAAGGACAGGCUCCGCUGGCUUCGCCGCAGCCGCAGCCGCAGCCGCAGCGUUCACUAUUCUUCACCUACCAGAGUUGUAGAUGCUGGUCUCACGCCUUUCAGAAGCAGAAGCAGCAGCAGCACCACCACCAGGAGCACGUCGCACAAGAACCAGAGCAGGUUUGCUUCCGGUUUCUUUGCUGCCCAAAGAAAUCGACAAUGACAAGUGCUGGAGCUGCUAUAUUGUAGUUGAAUCAGUAACUAAUAUAAAGUACCACAAGAUUGUAAACUAGCACGGUAAGCUGAUAAUAUCUCCUCAUUCUUUUUCUACUGUGUAUGUUGAAGGCAGAAUAAAUUGCAUUGUUCAUUCCUCGCUGUCAAUCUGCCAUGGCUAAUGAUGAAGCUAUGUGAUGUAGUUGAACUAUUAA